AUGGGCAACCAGCAGUCAAGCACCGGAGGAGGAGCGCCCGGUGAUGAUAAGAACAAGAAGGCUGGGGACAAGAAGGAUAAACCAAAGUACGAGCCACCGCCACAACCUACCACGCGCAUUGGCAGGAAGAAGAAGAAGCAGGCCGGCCCCAGCGCUGCCGCGAAGCUCCCCACUGUCUACCCGACCGCACGAUGCAAGCUGCGUUACCUACGAAUGCAGCGCAUCCACGAUCACUUACUGCUCGAGGAAGAAUAUGUCGAGAACCAGGAGCGGCUGAGGAAAGCCAAGGCUGUCAAGGAAGGCAAUGCGCCUGCUCCUUCUAGCGCCGAGGGUGCCGAAGACAGGAAUGCAGACGAGCGGUCGCGGGUAGACGACAUGCGUGGUAGCCCCAUGGGUGUCGGCAACCUGGAGGAACUCAUCGACGACGAUCACGCCAUCGUGUCCAGCGCUACCGGCCCCGAAUACUACGUCUCCAUCAUGUCGUUCGUUGACAAGGACCUUCUGGAACCAGGUGCCAGCAUCUUGCUGCAUCACAAGUCGGUGUCGGUGGUUGGUGUGCUCACAGACGACGCAGAUCCGCUGGUAUCGGUCAUGAAGCUGGACAAGGCGCCCACAGAAUCAUACGCAGAUAUUGGUGGUUUGGAGCAACAGAUUCAGGAAGUGCGAGAAGCUGUUGAACUUCCCCUUCUGCACCCAGAGCUGUACGAGGAGAUGGGCAUCAAGCCUCCGAAAGGUGUCAUUCUCUACGGUGCUCCUGGUACCGGAAAGACACUCUUGGCGAAGGCGGUGGCAAACCAGACCAGCGCUACUUUUCUGCGUAUCGUAGGAAGUGAGCUGAUUCAAAAGUACCUAGGAGACGGUCCGAGGUUAGUGCGACAGCUGUUCCAGACUGCUGCAGAGAAUGCGCCUUCCAUUGUCUUCAUCGACGAGAUUGACGCCAUUGGUACGAAAAGAUACGAGUCAACAUCUGGAGGAGAGCGUGAAAUUCAGCGAACCAUGUUGGAGCUUCUCAACCAGCUUGAUGGGUUUGAUGAUCGUGGGGAUGUCAAGGUCAUCAUGGCUACCAACAAGAUUGAGACGCUGGAUCCCGCCCUGAUUCGUCCUGGACGUAUUGACAGGAAGAUUCUCUUUGAAAAUCCGGAUCAAACGACCAAGAAGAAGAUCUUCACUCUCCAUACAUCCAAGAUGUCGCUCAACGAGGACGUUGAUCUUGACGAGUUUAUCAACCAGAAAGACGAUCUUUCUGGUGCUGACAUCAAGGCCAUCUGCUCCGAAGCCGGUCUCAUGGCGCUGCGCGAGCGAAGGAUGCGUGUCAACAUGGAAGACUUCCGCACUGCCAGGGAGAGGGUACUGAAGACCAAGACUGAGGGCGAGCCAGAGGGUCUAUACUUGUAA